UGAAGGUGGAGGCUUUCACUAGACAUUGUGGAGCUGUAUAAAGGUUACGCCAUUCUAAUGAUUUAAAAUAUUAUUUAAUUAUAUUGUUUAUUUAAUUAUAUUGUUUCAAUUGUGUCAAUGAAGUUUAAUGUGACUCCCUUAAUGUAUGUCUUAAAUAAUCCCCAAAUACAAACAAGAUCAUGAACGAAACGGGUAUGUAAAUGUUAACAUGCAGUCAGCAAAAACCACCACCAGGUGGUAGUGAUUUGUUACACAAAAAAUACUAUUGUAAUGAAGUAGCAAUACUAAUUAGGGUAUCAAAGACGUGCAGUUGCUUACUGCAUAACGACACGUACUCAUAUAGAUAAAAUCACUACACGUUUGUAGCUUUGCGGUUUGUCAAUAAAGUUGUCCUUUAAAACGUACUGCUUCUGAAAGGCCAGUUCAGAUUUUGUCCCAGUCAAGUAACGGUAAUGACGACAUCAUCUGCUCGAAGCUCCCGCACAUGCGCAGAACUGACACUGCAGAAUCCUUGUCUCGUCUUAUAAAUGUUACACUAUUCCCUACUUGUAAAACCUAGUCCUGUGGGAGAAUCAGCACGUAGGGAAUCGCCCAGUGACACUAUGCGUUUCGCAUGGAUGCUGACAGACAUUAUAGUUUACGUAGACGCCGCAUUGACAGAGUGCUUUCUCCCCUUGGAGGGGCGUGUCUUACUGCGACGCCAUUUUCGUCACGACCAAGCAGAGGCUGUAGUGCAUUGAAUGCUACGGGGAAAGAGACAGUAUGGGCCUAAUAUAGGACUGAUUGCCAAAGAAGUUUAUUUGUUAGUAACCUGACGCGUGUAGUCAUCUUCUAAUAUGUUUUCCCCUCAAAUGUCCAUUUUGCAAUUCAAAUCCGCAAUCCUUUCAGCCUACUAUUGACGCAGCUGUUAGCGGAGUGUUCACUAUGAGCGAAACUUUAGAAACAGUUGCUGUAGAAUCACAUUUCAUAGGCAUGGUGAAACCAGAGGACUACAUUGAGAAGCAUCUUGUUGUGCCCCUCCUCCACCGUCAGUGUGGUGUCUCCCGCCCAUAGACGUGAAUACCCUCCCGCCCUUGUAGUUUACAACCAAUUGAAUCUCGUGUUCCAUUCCCGGGCACAGUCACGUCGUGUGUCCAAUCAAAACGAACAUCCGAAAGGAGGCGGUGCUAUAUAUAAAUGUAGUCCGAUGACGUAGAUGCAGCUGACUGCCGACGUCGCAGCAAUGGAGGAAGUCCGAGUGUUCCCUCUGAGCUGUGUGGUGCAGAACUAUGCCUGGGGUAAAAUUGGACUGGACAGUGAAGUUGCCAAACUGGUGGUUGGUGCCGAUCCCUUGACCAGCAUCCAAGAUGGAAAGCCGUAUGCAGAGUUGUGGAUGGGUGCCCAUCCUAAAGGUGAUGCGCAGAUUAAGGACAACAGGAUUGUGCAGACCACACUUGGUCAAUGGAUAACCCAUUUUCCAGCCUGCCUCGGCUCCAAGGUUAAAGACUGCUUCCAGGGCAAUCUCCCCUUCCUCUUCAAAGUUCUGUCUGUCAACACGGCCUUGUCAAUUCAGGCCCACCCGAACAGAGAGCUGGCUGCACGACUCCAUGAGCAGUUUCCGGAGCACUAUCCCGACAACAACCACAAGCCAGAGAUGGCCAUUGCACUCACCCACUUCCAAGGCCUCUGUGGUUUCAGACCACUCAGCGAGAUCCUUGGAUUUCUAAAAUCUGUCCCGGAGUUCCAUGCUUUGGUGGGGAAUGAGGCUGCAGAGGAACUGCGGAGAAGCAUCGGGGACCAGGUCUUGACAAACCAGGCUCUGAAGAAGUGCUUCACACGCAUGAUGAACUGUGAGAAAAAGGUGUUUGUAGAUCAACUCAACAUGCUGGUGAAGAGAGUCAGUGAAGAAGUUGCAGCAGGGAAGGACACGUCACCAAGUUAUGGGGAUUUGCUGCUCCGCCUUCACUCCCAGUACCCUGGCGAUAUCGGCUGCUUCUCCAUCUACUUUCUCAAUCAUGUAAUCCUUGAACCAGACCAAGCCAUGUAUCUGGGAGCCAACGAGCCACAUGCCUAUUUAUAUGGAGACUGUAUAGAGUGUAUGGCGUGCUCGGACAACACAGUUCGGGCAGGACUGACCCCCAAAUACAUUGAUGUUAGCACUCUGUGUGAGAUGCUGAGCUACAGCCCAUCCCCUGCCAGCUCCAAAAUAUUCCCCUGUGUCCAGGAUCCUUCAGACCCCUACGUUUACCUCUAUGAUCCCCCGGUACCUGACUUCACCGUCAUGAAGAUCCAGGUGCCACCAAAUGUUUUACAGUACUCAGUGGUAGCAGUGGACAGUGCCAGUAUCCUGCUGGUCAUCCAGGGCAAUGCAACAGCAACCUCAGCCGCUGCGCUCUCUGACAUCAGCCUCACACGAGGCACUGUCUUGUUUGUUUCAGCCAACGAGGGUAUUGUUCUGCACAUCACCUCCCAAUCUGGGAUGGUGAUGUUUCGUGCUUGCUGUCUUCUCUAAGCUGGAGACUUACUUCCUCUCAAAAUGGUUUUCAUCAGGCAUGGUGUCAGAAGAUACAGUGCAUCCGGAAAGUAUUCACAGCGAUUCACUUUUUCCACAUUUUGUCAUGUUACAGCCUUAUUCCAAAAUGGAUUCAAUUCAUUUUUGUUCCUCAAAAUUCUACACACAGCAACCCAUACGUUUUUUUUUUAGAUUUUUACAAAUGUAUUACAUUUAAAAAUACAUUUGCAAUGUAUUGCAAAUGGCCUUGCUUUCACUGUAGGGAUGAUAUUGGCCUGGUGAUAAGCGGUGCCUGGUUUCCUCAAAACAUGACGCCUGGCAUUCACACCAAAGACUUCAAUCUUUGUCCCAUCAGACCAGAGAAUUUUUCUUUCUCAUGGUCUGAGAGUACUUCAGGUGCCUUUUGGCAAACUCCAGGCGGACUGCCAUGUGCCUUUUACUCAGGAGUGGCUUCCGUCUGGCCACUCUACCAUACAGGCCUAACUGGUGGAUUGCUGCAGACAUGGUUGUCCGUCUGGAAGGUUCUCCUCUCUCCACAGAGGAACGCUGGAGCUCUGACAGAGUGACCAUCGGGUUCUUAGUCACCUCCCUGACUAAGGCCCUUCUCCCCCGAUGGCUCAGUUUAGAUGGCCGGCCAGUUCUCGGAAGAGUCCUGGUGGUUCCAUCUUCUUCCAUUUAUGGAUGAUGAAGGCCACUGUGCUCAUUGGGACCUUCAAAGCAGCAGAAUUUUUUUCUGCGCCCUUCCCCAGAUUUGUGCCUCUGGACAAUCCUGUCUCUAUAGACAAUUCCUUUGACUUCAUGCUUGGUUUGUGCUUUGACAUGCAUUGUCAACUGUGGGAACUUAUAUAGACAGGUGUGUGCCUAUCCAAAUCAUGUCCAGUCAACUGAAUUUACCACAGUUGGACUCCAAUGAAGCUGUAGAAACAUCUCAAGGAUCAUCAGUGGAAAGAGGAUGCACCUGAGCUCAUUUCUUUAGCUUCAUGGCAAAGGCUGUGAAUACUUAUGUACGUGUGAUUUCUUUGUUUUUUAUUUUUAAUAAAUUUGCAAAAAUCUAAAAAAAAAAAAAUCACAUUGUUAUUAUGGGGUGUUGUGUGUAUAAUUUUGAGGAACAAAAAUGAUUAAAAUCAAUUUUGGAAUAAGGCUGUAGCAUAACAAAAUGUGGAAAAAGUGAAGCCUGUGAAUACUUUCCAGAUGCACUGUAGGUGUCAGCCAAAGUAUUGCAUUUCAUGGGAAGCACCUUCUUCAGACUGGCCAAAGUACAGGCCAUUACACCGUGUUGUGCUGGUCGUGCACAAUAAUAAUGAGGCAAAUGUUAAUCAGUUAUUGUUCAUGCUCAGUCAAAAGCAUCCCAUACUGAGGGGCAGUUGCCUCUGCAUGUUUAUGUUCCAGAAAUUGUCAAGAUGCAGAAAUGUUUAGGAUUAGAAAUGUAAGAGAUGAAUUUAUUCAUUAAUUGCUCACAAAACAAAUUUAUAAAAAAUAACACAUGAAUUGCGUAUUAAAGUUUCCUUGUGUUCAGUGCAAUGCAGUGUCAUAACCUGAACUUCCAUGAUGAAGAAUGAGAUUGCACUGAUGGGCUGACUGUUACAUUUUUAAAACUUCAAGAUACAAACAAUGUUGUUCUGUACACUUUAUGCAGCUAAACGUUCACCCAUCACUGGAGCACUUGCACCCUGAUGUUUGAGCUUUUAUCCAGAGUCAGCUUAAAUUUGAUCAUUCUAGUGUGAAAUAUUGAAGUGCAAUAAAUUAACUGUAAAUCCUCUAAUUGUUUGGAUUAUUAUUUUUUUGCCCCACCCCUAUGGUGUAUGGCGCACUGGUGCUGCUUGUUCUGUGAAGGCAAAUACUGGAGUUCACCUUAUAAAAGUACUGUUGUUUAGUCUUGUGACAACAAAGUCAUAGUUAGGUAGGUGUUUUCAGUUCACGCUGUAUCUUCAAUCUAUUAAAUCUAUGCGAUUUUUACUUGUGUUUUCUUUCCUGUCAGUUUGUUUUAAACGUGGAGUAGUUGCAGCAUGAAUGUUUAAAACGUGUGUGGUGAACGUCAAAGAUGGAUGUUUAAUAAAACCUUAAGUGGUAAAUAUCUUGGUCUGGUCAGUGUAUUGAUGGUGGUGGCUGGUUGAGUACUACAGCCACAUAAUCACUCAACAGUCUGGUGGGCUAGUAAAGGUCGUAAAGUGAAGAUGAACUAAAAAUAAAUGCAGCUAAUGCAUCAGAGAAUCAUCCUCAAUGUUGACACUGAUCAUGUGCAGCCAAAAAAAACGUUCUUUUCAUAAAUGCUGUCUGCUUGCCUGAGCUUGUCCUGUCAUUGUAUUUUCACAUCAAGAAAAAGACCAAGAUGUUCCAUUGCAGGCCACCAGGACAUCACCAGCACAGAUUUUUUUAUGGCCAAAGUAUUAUUUCAAUCUAGGCAAAUGUGUCUGUUUCCCUAAGGUUCAAGGAGGAACAUGUUGUGUAGUCAGUAGAGCCUGGCAGAGUAGUUUUACCACCUUAGAAAUUAUUAAUCUGGUAGUUCAGUAGUUACAUUUGAUCGCAAUGACGACCACAUGACACAAAGAGAUAAGAAAACUGCGUUAUUGCGAGGAAUGUCUU